CAUGGAGACGGGCGGGUGCCGCAUGGGCGGCGCGGGGCCCGCCGCGAUCACGCUGGAGGAGCUGGACGGGCUGGAGGAGAGCCCCGACUCGGCGUACCACAGCCACGGCAGCUCCCUGGAGGAGGAGGCGGCCGAGCGCAUGGACGACGAGGAGCAGGAGCGGCUGCUGAGCUACUGGCAGAGCGUGGGCAGGGGGCACCAGGUGGACGUGCCCCGCGACAUGGCAGAGCCAAUCCAGCAGCUGACCAGGAAUAACAACCCCCAGGAGAGACAGACCAUCCCCUUCACCCUGAUCCAGCGCAAGGAGAAGCUGGGAGAUCUGCUCUAUGAGAAAAGGCAGUACGGGAAGGCCAAGUGGGCCUGCAUCAAAAUGAAGGAGAAACAGUACGAGCAGAGCAUCUGCCUGGGCUUCAUGAAGCUCAUGAGGUACAUCUGUGAGCAGAACUCCUCAGGGCUGUACCUGGGCAUCACCAUCCCCAUCGUGACCAUCGUGCACACCAACGAGUCGCAGUCGGCGAUGACCCAGGCGGUGACAGUCGCCUACUACCUGCCCGAGGUGCUGCAGGACGAGCCCCCACACCCCUUCGACUCCGACAUCAUCAUCGAGGAGUGGCCUUCCACCAUCGUCUACAGCAGGAGCUUCAGGGGCAUCACCAACGAAGACUCGAUCAUGAGAGAGAUCAGCGUGCUGGCUGCCAUCCUGGAGAGCCCCGAGCUGUGCCUGCAGGACACCUUCAUCAUCGCCGGCUACACCAACCCCGCCGCCGCCAACCGCCACAACGAGAUCUGGUUCCUGCAGCGGCCCUGACCCUGCCACUGCUGCUGCCCUGAGCUGCCUGUGCUGCCCUGCUCCCCCAGGCACAGCUCCCAGGACACCCACGCACUAGGUGCCCGACCCCACAGAGUUCAGCAGUGGGGCUCUGAGCCCCUGUAGGGAGGCAAUCCCCCAGCUCAGUCACCACACCCAGGUCACCCAAACACUGUCAACUUGGACAGUCUCUACACAAUUUUAAUGAGGGCUUUAGCACUUUAUAAGUUAGUUCACCUUAUCUUUUGUUUACAAGGUAAGGCAGGCAGAGUCCUCUCCCCUCAUCCACUUGCUGGCGUCCCUAGACUGCUUGUGGCUUGGGAUGGCCCCUGGGGAGACCCAGCACCUCCCUGGUGCUGCACAAAGACCCCACUGGGGCAGCCAGUGGGAACACACCAAACCCACCUCAACACGCAGAAAAAGAAUGUCCAGGUCGUAGUUCCUGAAGAGAACCACCAGAUUUAGCCCCCUGGGAUUGACCCAAGGAGUCAGGGUAGGCCAAUGCCGACUGCUUUGGAUGUCCUCAUCCAUGACACAAAUUCCUAACGCUUACCUCACAAAGCACCCAACCAAAGGACUUUCAGUCUGGAGAAGAGACCAAAAAGGCACCACAGUCCUAAUGCUCAUUGAAGUUUUGAUAGCAAAAGUUCCAGGUUACCUUAAUCCCACACUCCCAGGAAUCCCAUGACUGUCUCUGGCAUUCCUAAACAGCCGCUGGUUAUUUUUAACUCCAGUUUUCUCAACACUUUUUUCUCAUGACUUUGCUGGAUGUUAAAACACUGCAGCGAAGU